AUGUCGGUCCAGUGUCUCUCUUUCAACCAGGACUACUCGUGUCUGGCGGUGGGGUUCGAUACCGCCUACAAAGUGUACAACUGCGAGCCGUUCGGCGAGUGUUUCGACAAGACCGACGAUGGGGGCGCAAAGCUCGCAGAGAUGCUCUUCUCCACGUCGCUGAUCGCCGUGGUGGGGCUGGGCGAGCGCCCGUCCACCACCAUGCGCAAGCUCAAGAUCAUCAACACCAAGCGCAAGGCUGUGAUUUGCGAGCUCUCGUUCCCGACGCCGAUUCUGUUUGUCAAGAUGAACCGCAAACGGCUGAUUGUGGUGCUUGUUGAUCAAUUGUUCAUCUACGACGUGUCGUGCAUGAAGCUGUUGCACACGAUCGAGACCGGUGCAGAGGUGUCUGAGCGGGUGAUCUGCGACCUGAGCUCGAGCGACGACAGCGUGCUUGUUUUCCAGUCCGGCUCGUCCCAGGAACAGCCCGGUCCGGAUCAGUCGUCUGUGCAGACGGGAACGCUCGGCACCACCAUGGGCACGGUUGUGCUGUUUGACGCGCUCAAUAUCCAGCCGUUGAACGUGAUCCAGUGCCACAAGUCACCUCUGCAACGGAUCGCCAUUUCCAAAGACGGGAAACUGCUGGCCACGGCCAGUGUCAAGGGCACCAUCAUUCGCGUUUUCCGCGUGGCAGACGGUAAGAAGGUGCACGAGUUCCGUCGCGGGAGCUACUCGGCCCACGUCUCGUGUCUCAGCUUCAACGUCGAUAGUACAAUGCUCUGCUGCUCCUCGAACACAGGAACCGUACAUUUCUUCAGGCUCGAGCCACUGGGCACCAAGUCGUCCGCAGACUCGAUCAGCACAGAGUCGGACAACCCCGAGUCGUUGCCCGAGGAACACAGCAUCACCGAAGAGGAAUCGAACGAAAUUAAUAGACUCAUCAACACGCAGCUCGGCGUGCGAACCGCGUCGGGCCGCAAGAAGAGCGCAGAGUCGUUGAAGAACUUCAUCUGGUCCAAGUCGAAAACGUACCUUCCGUCGCAGAUCAACUCGAUUUUGGAGCCCAAACGCGAUUUCGCGUUUCUCAAGCUCAACGUCGAGGUGGAGAGCGUGGUCGGGCUCGUGGACGGCAACUGCUACGUGGCCACCAAGUCGGGCGAUUUCCUCGUCUAUUCUGUGCAACCAGGAGAGUGUGUGCUGCUAAAACAUUACAAAAUAGAAUGA